UUGAUUAAUAUCUUUGUUCUGUAGUGAUGCCAUCUUUCACUCGCCACAUCAAAGAUAUCAUUUACUUCAUUGCUUUGAAGAAUAAGAUUCUAUUCAUGUAACCAGGCUCUUUAUAAGUUUGAUAUGAAGUUCCCAUGUUAUCAAAUUGUAUAAUUGUGUUCAUUUUCCAGGAAACUCAUAUUGUCAGAAAUUUGUUUUUUUUUUUCCCCUUAAUAUUAUUCAGAAGUUUGUGCUUAUUCUCCGCAAAAAAACAAAAAAUAGGUCGCUUGAGUUGAAUGGUUGGUUUUAAGAGAGGAAGAGACCGUUUCACGUCCCUCCUCUAUUUGAUGGAAACGCGUUUCCUAUAUUUGUAACUAACCACGCGAUUCACAUAUGCUCGCCUCCUCCUUCACUGCUUCACAAUAUAUGCAAUCCCAAAACCCUAACCCUAACUCUAACCCUAGAUCUCUUUCUCCUUGUAUCCAUUCCUCUUAUGGUGGACGAUUGUAAAUUGUCUGAAAUCCCCUCGAUAAUGCCCCGAUCUCCUCCUCCUCGGCGCUCUCUUCCAGUUCCAGCCAAGCGCCAACCUACGAAGAAGACGAGAGACCUGCCGGACAUCUUCUAUUGCCAUGGCUGCGGCAAUCGCUUCCCCUCCGACGGUCAUAUCGACCGGCUCCAUCCUCUUCCCAGCCAGUGGCGCGUUGUCCUACUCUGCCGCUCCUGCCUCGGUAUCGUUAACUCAGGGUCUUGCUGCUCCUACUGCUUUUCCCCUUUUUCUCCAUCGGAGCUUGAGGAUUGUAUUGAAACUCGUACAUGCCGACGGUGCCGGUGCCGAGUGCACCUGACUUGCGUGCCGCAUCAGCGGAGCUUCGUUUCACAAGGGGAACUCGAUCCGGACUCCUUCACCUGCAUUGAUUGCUGUGCUGUCCCCAAAUUUAAGUUUCGGAACCCUAGAGUCGGCCCUAGUGAUCAAAUUUUUUCAAGGCUUUCACUAGAGGAUCUGGUGAAGAAUGCAGAGAAGAAGGCUGAGGCUGCAGUGAAAGCAAAGGACAUAGCUUUGAAGAAGGCCGUGGCUGCUAAAUGUGCUGCUGAAAAGGCCAAGAAUGCUUUGGGUGUUCUUUUGGUGUCUAAUGGAACCCGAGAAACAGUAAAAGAUGGUGCUUUGAAUGAUGAGGAGCUUGCUCUGCGGCUACAUUUGGCCAUGAAUGGAUCACAGAGGUUGUCGAGAAAUCUUAGACCUAGGAAUUCUAGGGUCUUGUUGGAUGCCAAGAGAUCUCGGCAUGGCAAAGAUUCAGAGUCAGGGAGCAAUAGAUUUGGUGGCAAAGUUGAACUUUGCACUGAAGAUAACAAAUUUUUUGAAUCCAUGGAGAAUUCUAGGUUGGAUUCUGAGAAGAGAGAGCAGGAAGUUGUUUCUGAGGGCAGUGAAAACAAUACAGUGGCCAUGGUGAAGGUAGAUGAAGAGACUUGUUCUGAUAUAGUUAAUACUGAUGUGAAACUGCUUGAGCAGAAAUGUGUUUUGGCUUCCCCUGAAAGUGAUGCUCGUGUUGGAGAAAAUUCUGCUGUGUCCUUGAGAAUAGAGAGGUCUAGCAGUCCUCAACGUUAUAUGAAGAAGUAUAGUAAGAGGAAUUUGAAAGGAACUAUAGACAGGAAAGAGAAGCUAGCCCUGCUGUUCUGAGUCAUCUAGGACAUAUGCUGAGGGGCAAAACCAUACACUUUCUGUGCAUUCUUCCUCAUAGUUGAAUUUUCCGUGAUGUCAACUGUGAUGGUGAAGCUUCUGGAGGAUAGUAUCAAAAAUCAGAUUUGCCACGAAACUGGAUUGGGAAGUUAUUUUGUGAUGAGAUCAUUGAGAUGUCUAAUGUACCCACCAAAUUUUUGGUGAGGCCAAGCAGCUCCAUGUUGUGCGAGAGAAAAUUAG